UUUUUCUCAUCAGGAAAGCGAAAUGCAGAGAUCUUAAAAUAAAAUCAUCCAUGGGGAAUUGCUUGGCUCUGCAAGACAACGUCGUCCGGGUCAUGAAGGCCGAUGGCGAAAUUCUUGAAUACAAGUCACCCAUUCUAGCGCAUCAAGUUUUGAAGGAAUUUUCCGGCCAUGCGAUAUCAGAUUCCGUCCCAGUCCUCCGCCAACUUCAGCCCAACACCAAGUUGCUCGCCGGCCACUUAUACUACCUCGUACCGCCGCCCCCAAAAGCCGGUAAGAAGAAGGUAAGGUUUGCGGAGCCUGAGGUACAAGGUUCUCAAGACAGUAGCAGUGUGGUAAGAAUUAAGGUGGUCAUUAGCAAGCAAGAGCUGCAGGCUCUGCUUAAUAAGGGAGGAAUUUCAGUCAACACGGUCGACAUGUUAUCUCUACUUCCCGGCGAGCAAGCGACGGAGAAUGAAGACAAGUGUCACAAGAAAGAUGAUGGUUUCGAAGGGUGGAAGCCAGCGCUUGAAAGCAUACCUGAACUAGUUUAGCCCUGUAACAUAUAUUUUCAUGUUCUGUUCCAGUUUCUUUCUCCCGCCUCUUGAUCUCCUCUGUUUAAAAUGCUUCGAACAGGGUUACAGAUAAAUAUAUAUACACACACAGAAGGAAAAGAUUUUGAGACUUUUGCAUCUCA